GGGUGGGCGGCCGGCCUUGGACCGGCAUGGCGGACCGGCGGCGCGCGUGGAACACCGAGGACGACCUGCCCGUGUACCUGGCGCGGCCGGGCAGCGCGGCGCAGACGCCGCGCCAGAAGUACGGCGGCAUGUUCGCCGCGGUGGAGGGCGCCUACGAGAACAAGACCAUCGACUUCGACGCGUACAGCGUGGGCCGCCGCGGCUCGGCUCGCACGCCUCGCAGUGCUGGCCGGCCCGACGCCGUCGGCCUGCCAGGGCCGGGUGGUAGCGAGGACACGGCCAGCGACGUGAGUGAGCUCUCGGGCUCCGCGGUCAGCUCGCCGGGCGAGCGCGAUGAGCGACCACCCGCGCUUCGCAUCCGUUGCCCCGCACCCCGUGACCUGCCACUCGGCCGGGACAAUGGCCAGAGUGACCGACUCCUCAUCAAAGGUGGACGGAUCAUCAAUGAUGACCAGUCCUUCUAUGCCGAUGUCUACCUGGAAGAUGGACUUAUAAAACAAAUAGGAGAGAACUUAAUAGUUCCUGGUGGAGUGAAGACCAUCGAGGCCAAUGGACGGAUGGUGAUUCCUGGAGGUAUCGAUGUCAACACCUACCUACAGAAGCCAUCCCAGGGGAUGACCGCUGCCGAUGACUUCUUCCAAGGGACCAGGGCAGCGCUGGCAGGCGGGACCACGAUGAUCAUUGACCAUGUUGUCCCUGAACCUGGGUCUAGCCUUCUGACCUCCUUCGAGAAAUGGCAUGAGGCAGCUGACACCAAAUCCUGCUGCGACUAUUCCCUCCAUGUGGACAUCACAAGCUGGUACGAUGGUGUUCGGGAGGAGUUGGAGGUGCUGGUGCAGGACAAAGGUGUCAAUUCCUUCCAAGUCUACAUGGCGUAUAAGGAUCUCUACCAAAUGUCUGAUAGCCAGCUCUAUGAAGCCUUCACCUUCCUGAAGGGGCUGGGCGCUGUGAUCUUGGUCCACGCAGAAAAUGGAGACUUGAUAGCUCAGGAACAGAAGCGGAUCUUAGAGAUGGGCAUCACAGGUCCCGAGGGCCAUGCUCUGAGCAGACCCGAGGAGCUAGAGGCUGAGGCUGUGUUUCGGGCCAUCACCAUCGCUGGUCGCAUCAACUGUCCGGUGUACAUCACGAAGGUGAUGAGCAAAAGUGCGGCGGACAUCAUCACCCUGGCCAGGAAGAAAGGCCCCCUGGUGUUUGGCGAGCCCAUCGCUGCCAGCCUGGGGACGGAUGGCACCCACUACUGGAGUAAGAACUGGGCCAAGGCAGCGGCAUUCGUGACUUCCCCUCCCCUGAGCCCAGACCCCACCACGCCUGACUACUUGACCUCCCUGCUGGCCUGUGGAGACCUGCAGGUCACAGGCAGCGGCCACUGUCCCUACAGCACUGCCCAGAAGGCAGUGGGCAAGGACAACUUCACUCUGAUCCCUGAGGGCGUCAAUGGGAUAGAGGAGCGGAUGACUGUUGUCUGGGAUAAGGCAGUGGCUACUGGCAAAAUGGAUGAGAACCAGUUUGUUGCUAUCACCAGCACCAACGCAGCCAAGAUCUUUAACCUGUACCCCAGGAAAGGGCGGAUUGCCGUGGGCUCGGAUGCCGAUGUUGUCAUCUGGGACCCUGACAAGGUGAAGACCAUAACAGCCAAGAGUCACAAGUCGGCUGUGGAGUACAACAUCUUCGAGGGCAUGGAGUGCCACGGCUCCCCGCUGGUGGUUAUCAGUCAGGGCAAGAUCGUCUUUGAGGACGGCAACAUUAACGUCAACAAGGGCGUGGGCCGCUUCAUCCCACGGAAGCCUUUCCCCGAGUACCUCUACCAGCGCGUCAGGAUCAGGAACAAGGUUUCAGGGUUACAAGGUGUUCCCAGGGGCAUGUACGAUGGUCCUGUGUACGAGGUCCCAGCCACACCCAAAUAUGCGACUCCUGCUCCUUCUGCCAAGUCCUCGCCUUCCAAACACCAGCCCCCGCCCAUCAGAAACCUCCACCAGUCCAACUUCAGUUUAUCAGGUGCCCAGAUCGACGACAACAACCCCCGGCGCACUGGCCACCGCAUCGUGGCGCCCCCUGGUGGCCGCUCCAACAUCACCAGUCUGGGCUGAAGGCUGACGGGCGGAUGGCUGAGCUCCAGCGUGAAGCGUUCUAGGAAUAAUGUCCAUUCCUUUCCCUGUCAGGGUUUGGGAAACCCGCAGUUUUAUUUGGUACUGAUGGGGGGAAAAUUGAAUGAUGUUCUUUCCUCUCUUGUUUAGGAAGAAGUGGUACUAGUGUGGUGUGUUUGCUUGGAAACUCCUUGCCCCACGGUCAUGUGUUCAUGCUGACUCCACUUCAGAGCAUGGGUCUCCAUUUCCCUCCUUAGUGAACACAGGUUCUAGCAGCGUCUUGUACUGUCCCUCCCACUUCUGACUCCACGGGCUCCAUGAAUCUCUGGGUGGUUCCUUUUGCCCCCUUGUAGCUGUUCUAGGAUAGUUGAUGCAUGUUACUAAAUUAUGUGUGCAGUCUGUGAGCGCGUCUGACGGGACAUCACCGAGGACCCACGUAGACCCAAUGCCGAGACCUCGAGCCCUCAGGGGUGAUUCCAGAACUCUCCACGCAAAAAUGUUUACUCAUUGUCCCCACCCCAAGUCCGCCUGCCCCACUCCUCCCCACCCCCACCCGCCUCGAGAACCUUCUGUGAAUUCUCAGAGAGGUAGGGGAACCUUCCAGUGUGUGCAGAGAAACACCAUCCACGUCCUGUGUCAGAAACCCUGGUCUCCGUGGCACUUGUGACUCGCCAUGCCGUCUUCUGGUCUGUGUGUGUCCUUCCAGCCAGCUCCGACUUCAGGCCUAGCCAGGUUCACACUCAGAAAGGGGUCUCCCCGCCCCCAUCAGGGCUGACAACGAUGGGGCGAGAGCUGCUCCCUGUGGCCCCACUCCUGGUCCCUUCGAGGUGGUUGACGGGGCAGUCAGAUUUUUAAAGUUUUGUACAAAGUUUUCCUUUGUAAUCACCCCCAUUUUUACUUAACAACUGACUUAUCGUGGCUCUUAUUUCUGAAUUCAAAGCUUGUGAAAAAAUAAAGACAGUAAACAGCCUGCUGGCCCGA